UACUGCAGGGAUCUGUAUGAACUUAAACCUUAACCCAGAUGUCACUUAGGUUAUAUAUGCUCAAGAAAUCAGCUUGGACAUUUUGCUAAAUAAAUGCUCUCUUAAAGUGCAAAAAAGCAAUUUGUGACAGAUGUUAACAUCGGAAGAACAUUUCUGUUUCACAAAAGGUUCUUCGUGGUGAAAGAAGGUUCUUCAGAUUAUAAAAAGCUCAUCUGUCUUAAAAAGACCACACAUUAAAAACGCACCACUUCCAUCAUUUAUACGACUGAGGGAAAGCCACUCAAAAAUGUCUGAGAAUAUUUACGGCAAUGUAAACACUGACAGAACAUGGGAUAUGGACAGACGCACCAAGGCAAACCAUACACCUCAACACACAGGAAGUGAUUCAGUGCAGAUCAGAAGCUCCAGAGCAGCUGCAGUGUGUUUGUUGCUGCUGUGUGUUUUUCUGCUGACUGCAGUCAUAGUGCUGUGUGUCCACGUCCAUACAAAGAACACAAACCACAGAGAAGAGAGACACAAACUACUAACCAAGAUUAACAACCUCACAGAACAGAGUGACCUGCUUCUAACCAAGUACAUAAACAUGACAAAUGAAAGGAAUGGAUUAUUAAUCAAGAAUGACAACCUGACUGAAAAAAGAGACCUGCUUCUAACCAAGUACAUAAACAUGACAAAUGAAAGGAAUGGAUUAUUAAUCAAGAAUGACAACCUGACUAAACAAAGAGACCAGUUCAAUCAAGAGAGGAAUCAACUGCAGAAGAUUCUCAAUGAAACAGGUGGAUGGUUCCACUCUGACUUCAGCUUUUACUUCAUGUCCUCAAUGAAGAAGAGCUGGGAUGAGAGCAGAAGAUACUGUACAGAGAGAGGAGCAGAUCUGAUCAUCAUAAACAGCAGAGAGAAACAAGAUUUUGUUACAAAAAUUACUGAUAAAAGAGAAUUCUGGAUUGGUGUGACUGACAUCGUGGAAGAGGGCACAUGGAAAUGGGUUGAUGGCACCAGCGUGACCUCUGGGUUCUGGGCAUCCAGUGGACACAUAAGAGAGCCAAAUGGAGGAAAACUAGAGAAUUGUGCUGUGACUUAUUUAAAAAAGAACCCUGAAUUGAUAGGGUGGAUUGAUGUUAAUUGCAAUGGUGCUUAUCAAUGGAUCUGUGAGAAGAGUAGUUGGUUCUAAGAACAGCACAUGCUUUUUAUGGUUUUAAUUGUUUUUAUGUGUUUAGCUGAAAUAAGAUGUUUAGUUAAAAUUAGUUAAAAAAAUUUUUAAUUGCUUGUUUGUUUUCAAGUUUUAGUUUUAGCUAAUGAUAAUAACCUUGUUAAAACACAUCUUAACCAGCAAAUCAAGGACUUCGGGAUCACUAGAAGAUUCCAGGCAGGUGAGUUACAGAUCAAGUCUUCAGGACUGAACACUCCUGGUCUAGAAGUAAUACCUGUUAACGCCUGUACAUGUAUUCAUUUGUAGUCACUUCCUAAAAACUGUUGUAUUUUGCAACAAAGAAAAAUAAAUAUAAAUAAAUAAAUAAAUAAAAUUCAUACUAUUCAACUAUUCCUACAUAUGUGGCUUACCAUUAUUUAGAUGUUUGCUUUUUUUGAAAGCUAAACCCCAGAUUGCUUUACUUUAUUUAUAUUUAGCAUGCUGUUUACAUGUUACCAUUAUGUUAUUUUCAUUAUUAAAGAUGAUGAAUGGCUCCACAUCACUGGUCAUUGUCAGUCCUGUAGCUCCAGUAAGAAUUUGAAGGGUUUCUUAAGAAUCAAAAACACAUCUGUAGAGGAUUUGAUCUCUUGCAGCACACUGUGACCUGCUUUAGAGACAUGAUUAAAUACAUGGAAUAACAGAGGAAUUG